AUGGAAUCUUUUGAUCAACACGGCACUCCAGCAAGUCAAGGUACAACUGCACGUGCCGGGACUUCAACAACAAUUAGGAGUGGUGAUGAGGAAAAUUAUUCUUAUGGUGAAAUAGAUGAAGGAGGAGAAGAUACUAAUCUUAAUUCUCCUGAAGGAGAAAGUAUAUACUUGAAUAUACAACAGCAACAAUCCCCUCAACAAAACCCUUCUCAGAGCCAACCAACUUCAGCACGUCCAAAUCUCUACCAAAAACGUUCAACUCCAGGCGUUGUUGGUGCUGUAGUCCAACCAUUAUAUAGUGGACCUACACCUGCCCGUUUAUUUAAGAGAACUUUAUCUGAACAACAAUUUGGGAAUCGCCCAAUCUCAGAAGUUCCUCCAACAAUUUCAUCUACUGCACAACAAAGCAAAAGUUUACCAUUAACAUCACAACGUAGUAUCCCAGAAAGUAUUCAUUCAAUUCAACAAAAACGUAGAAGUCCCUCAAUUAUUGACUUAAGCGUUAAAGUAAAGGAAGUUAGUCAAUCAGUAAAGAAUGCAGCAGAAGAUGAAUUACGUUAUGAAUUAAUUCGGUUUGCAGCUAGAACAACUGCUCACGGAAUUCCUAUGGCAGCUCAAGCAACUAAAUGGUAUGCCAAAUGGAUGUGGAUAAUUAUAUCUUUGUUGUCCGUUGGUAUUUUUAUUUAUAGCGUUCUUGGUGUUUUAGAGAAAUAUCAAAGAAGGGAAAAGAUUGUUUCUGUUCAACUUCGUUUUGAUAAUGUUCCAUUCCCCGCUAUUACUAUUUGCAAUUUAAAUCCUUUCAAAAGAGAAGAAGCAAGACAUGUACCCGAAAUUAGUGAAACAUUAGAAGCAUAUCAUCAAGCAGUAACUUAUUCAAAACAUGCAGAUCUUUAUUUAGAUGAGACACCGGCAGUUCGAGAACGUAGAAAUAUAAGAGGAGGUCAUCGUCAUGUACAAAUUGAACCAGAUAAUGUUUCUUUAUGUAUUUGUAAUUAUGAUAGACAAGAUUCUAGUAUAUGGCCUUGUUAUAGUAAAACAAGUUGGAUUGAAGAAUGGUGUCCAAUAUGUAAUGAUAUUGGAUAUUGUACUUUACCAAAUACAAAUACUUCAAAUACAGUACCUUGUAUAUGCCAAAAGAGUGUUAAUUAUUGUUUGAUUCGACCAGAAAGAUUAAAAAGAAUGUGGGAAGUCCGUGGAGAUAAAAUACCUACAGAAGAUUCUCCUUUUCGGACAGAUUUUCUUAACCAAUUAAAAGAAUUAGGUUAUGAAAAUAUGACGGAUGAAGUUGCUAUUACAACAAAAACGAGAGAAAAACUUGUAUUGGCAAUGGCAAGUCUUCAUAAAGAACAAAGAAAAUCACUUUCAUAUGGAAGAAGUGAAUUUAUUAAAAUGUGUUCAUUUAAUGGACAACAAUGUAAUAUAAAUCAUGAUUUUAAAUUACAUGCUGAUCCAGCAUUUGGAAAUUGUUAUAUGUUUAAUGCUAAUAAAUCAAAUCCUUUGGUUAGUAGUCGAGCUGGGCCUUCAUAUGGACUUAGAUUACUUGUACACAUUAACACCUCAGAUUAUUUACCUACAACGCAAGCAUCUGGUGUUCACAUAGUUAUUCACAGUCAAGAUGAGCAUCCCUUUCCAGAUGCUUUUGGAUACUCUGCCAGAAAAGUAAAUCGACUGCCUAUUCCUCGUGGUAUUUGUUUAAUGCCUGGGGAGCCUAAACCCGAAGGUUAUAUCUACUCAGAUCACAAAUAUGAACCUGAGGGUUGUUAUAAAAGUUGUUAUCAACAUCAAAUAAUUAGAAGGUGUGGAUGUUCUGAUCCAAGAUAUCCCCAACCAGAUGAUAAUACUAAAGUUUGUAAUAGUUCUAAUGCUCUUGACAGUAAUUGCCUUUUGGUGGAAAGUAUAAGAUUUACUCGUGCUCAACAAUGCCAUUGCAAACAUCCAUGUGUUCAUGAUGUUUACACAACAGCAUUUUCUUCUGCACGUCUAAUCUCUGAAGCCUUUCGUAGUUUUCAAUGUUCGGGUAAAAGGGAAUGCAAAACAGAAUUUGAUGCUGAUUCUGCUGCAAUGCUUGAAAUAUAUUAUGAACAAAUGUCACAUGAAGUACUUACAGAAAGCGAAUCUUAUAUGUUUGUUAAUUUUAUUUCUGAUAUUGGUGGGCAAGCUGGAUUGUGGUUAGGUGCUAGUAUUCUUACAUUAUUUGAGCUUUUUGUCUUCGCUUUUCGCAUUUUUACUAUUGUUUGCCGUCGUCGCCUUCGUCGAAACACAAUUGAUUUUGACAUCGAAGAGGAUGAUUUAGAACAACAACAAAAAAGAUCAACAUCUAAAGGAAUCCCUUCUUCAUUUACAACAACACCAAAACAUUCACAAAUGCGGAAAUCUGCUUCUUCUUUAACUUCUUUAAGUAUUAGAGCUUCGGCAUUGGAUGCUAAAGUACAGGCAGCAAAAAGUGAAAGAAAUACAUCUUUGGGGUCUUUAAAUUUGGCAUAUCAAUCACCUAAAACAAGAAAAGUAACGGCAGAGCCAUUUUCUGCGGUAUUCUAAUAAUUUUUAUAAAAACAGAUUUAAAUAAAAGGAGAGGAGGGGUCGGGUCGGGAGAGAGAGAGAAAGAG